AUGGAACUAAAUCAAACGAAUGAAUCCGAGCACAAAGAGCAAGAAAAUGUGCAGAGAGAGGAGGUUCAAGAAUCAAGUCGAAUUUCAACACAUUUUGCUAAUGGCUCAAUAUCAUCACCUGGUCAAGUAAUGUUGGCUACGGCUUUAGUACACGUAGACACUAAUAGAGAUUGUUAUACACUGCGAGCAUUACUGGAUCAGGGUUCUCAAGCCUCAUUCGUUACGGAGCGUGUUGUUCAAUUAUUAGGGCUUCGUAAAAUUCCUUUCAAGGGAAUAGUAUCUGGCUUGGGUGGAGAUCAGUUUAACUUAUCCAUCAAACAUAUGGUCAUUUUUAAGAUACAGUCCAUUUAUACCUCGUUUAGUUAUGAAAUUCAGGCCUAUGUUUUGAACGCUUUGUCAUCCAGUUUACCAGCUCAAAAACUUAAUAUUCAAGAUUGGCCAGAAUUAUCAGGUUUAACUCUGGCUGAUCCCGGUUAUGGUACACCUAGUAAGAUAGACUUGUUGCUAGAUGUUUAUGGAAUGAUCCUAACGAAUAAUAUUAUUAGAAAGGGCAGUGUCACUGCUCAAGAUACACAGCUGGGGUGGAUAUUAUCCGGUAGAGUAGAAGUAAACCAUCAUUGUCAUUCCAGCAUAGUUAGCAUGCAUUCGCUGGAUAAUUCUGAUGAGAUAUUGCGUAAGUUCUGGGAGUUGGAGUCUGGUAAAGAGCAGAAUUUCAUGUCAGAAGAAGAUAAAGCUUGUGAAGAGUAUUAUGAAAAGACUACAACCAGGGAUGAAUCAGGUCGUUAUGUUGUGCGACUAGCGUUUCGCAAGAAUAAUCCUGAUUGUGAACAAGGAGAUUUUAAAGAAAUAGCUAAAAAGAGAUUACAAAGUUAG